GUGCAAACUGUCUUAGACAAUUUAAAUUCUAUAUCGACGUUUCUAUUGCAAAAUGAGAUUAAAUGUUAGAUAAAUUUUUGAAAAGCAGAUCAGAAUGGAUCAAGGCAUCGUUUUAAUGCGCGUGUGACAAUUAUCAAAUACUUCCCGUUUGUGAGCUUGACUUUUAAGCAAACUGUUCAUGGUUAUGUAUGGAGUUCGAAUGUAAGGAUGAAACUGAAUAUAGUAUUAUUAUUAUGGAUAAUAAAAUGUGUUCAUAACAUGAAUCCCUGCUUAUCAACCGGACAUUCCAAAUUUCCUAGAGACAGCAUUGGUCUACGCAAUGAAAACUGCACAAUACCAGGCUCCCACGAGCAGAUUUGUGACAAAUACCUCGACUCGCCAACAUGGUAUAUCAUAGAGGGUGGCAAGUUACUUAAUCAUUGUCCUAGCAAGGGCUCUUGCGGGAACGCUUAUCCUGCAUGGAUGGAUGGUUCUUAUCCUACUGAAAAAGAUGGUGAAAUUAAUAUGACGGUGUGUAUAAAAAGAAAUAAUGACUGCUGUAAAGAUCACGUGACAAUGAGAAUAAAGAAUUGCUCGACCUUCUUUGUUUAUCAUUUAAAACCCUUAAAGGAAUGUACAAGUGCAUAUUGUAUUGAGUCGGAUCUACCAUGUAGGGCUCCUACUACUACUACACAGACAACGACAACAGUUACAACAACACCAGAAUCAGAUUUAAGAGACCAGGAUAUAGCUCUGAUUAUUGGUGUCAGCAUCAUUGCAGUUAUUGUUUUAGCUGGGGCAAUUGCAUUUGUAUGUAGUACAAUAAGUAAAAGGUAA